AUGGACUUCAGCCACACCAUCAAAGCUUUGAGAAGCAAUAAGAAGCUAUAUAAAAAGCCAAAAACUCAUACAGACUUCUGCUACACCAUCAAAGCUUUAAGAAGCAACAAGAAGUUUGAACUAGAACCGCAACCGGUUCCCAAAAGCAAAAGUAGUGUUUCCUUGUCAGAAGAUACAAAGCCAAAGACUCAUACGGACUUCGGCUACACCAUGAAAGUUUUGAGAAGCAAUAAGAAGCUUGAUACAAAGCCAAAGACUCAUACGGACUUCGGCUACACCAUCAAAGCUUUAUACAAAUCUAAAAACUCAUACGGACUUCGGCUAAGCCAUCCAAAUACAAAGCCAGAGAAUCAUAAGGACUUCAGCUACACCAUCAAAGCUUUGAGAAGCAAUAAGAAGCUAUAUAAAAAGCCAAAAACUCAUACAGACUUCUGCUACACCAUCAAAGCUUUAAGAAGCAACAAGAAGUUUGAACAUACAAAGCCAAAGACUCAAACAGACUUUGGGUACACCAUGAAAAUUUUGAGAAGCAAUAAGAAGCUUGAUACAAAGCCAAAGACUCAUACGGACUUCGGAUACACCAUCAAAAUUUUGAGAAGCAAUAAGAAGCUUGAUACAAAGCUAAAGACUCAUACGGACUUCGGCUACACCAUGAAAAUUUUGAGAAGCGAUAAGAAGUUUGAUACAAAGCCAAAGACUCAUACGGACUUCGGCUACACCAUCAAAAUUUUGAGAAGCAAUAAGAAGCUUGUUACAAAGCCAAAGAAUCAUAUGGAAUUCAGCUACACCAUCAAAGCUUUGAGAAGCAAUAAGAAGCUUUAUACAAAGCCAAAAACUCAUACGGACUUUGGCUACACCAUCAAAGCUUUAAGAAGCAACAAGAAGUUUGAUACAAAGCCAAAGACUCAUACGGACUUCGGCUACACCAUGAAAAUUUUGAGAAGCAAUAAGAAGCUUGCUACAAAGCCAAAGACUCAUACGGACUUCGGCUACACCAUCAAAGUUUUGAGAAGCAAUAAGAAGCUUGAUACAAAGCCAAAAACUCAUACGGACUUUGGCUACACCAUCAAAGCUUUAAGAAGCAACAAGAAGUUUGAUACAAAGCCAAAGACUCAUACGGACUUCGGCUACACCAUGAAAAUUUUGAGAAGCGAUAAGAAGCUUGAUACAAAGCCAAAGACUCAUACGGACUUCGUGUACACCAUCAAAAUUUUGAGAAGCAAUAAGAAGCUUGAUACAAAUCCAAAGACUCAUACCGACUUCGGCGACACCAUCAAAGCUUUGUGA